AUGGAGGAGUUUCUUAGAGACAGUCCGCGGGACGGCCACGACUUCCAGUUGCACGUGCAGGAGUUCCUGCCCCACGACGCUGCGUCGCCACCCUACCAGGACCCGUUGUUUGACUUUGACACCACCGCCACCGCCGCCGCGGAGCCGUUUACUCAAGAAUUUGACCCCGAGCCUCACAAUUUGGACGAAUUGAUCCUGCCCAACCACUUGUACCAGACGAUUCUGCCCCAGCAGGCGGUGCUGGCGGCGCCGGCCAACUUGAGCCUGCCCCAGUACUUUCUGCCCCCCGCGAAAACCCACGUGCCCCAAAUGGGGUCAAUGGGGUCAAUGGGGUCGAUGCAACCCCAACCAAAUUAUAACCAGUACAAUCAGCCGCCGCAGCCGCAGGAAAUGACGCCGUCGGCGACGAUCCCCAUCAAUAACCCCAUGGCCUACCAGCAGAUGCACUCGUUCAACCUGAUCCUGGAGACCCAGCUGUUCCUGCCGGGAGGGCUGUACUUGCUGCCCCAGACGAUUAUCAGCCCCAACCUCGAUAAUUUGGACCAUUUGAGGCUGCCGACGUUCGCGCUGCCCAUCAGAAUGCUGACGCUGGUGAAACAGGAACCGUUGCUCAGUCCACCGCCGAGCUCGCUGAUGGCGUUGCUGCUGCUGGUACCGUUGCUGGGCCCCGAUCCGGUUUCCACUGCCGAUACUCGCCUGCUUUCAAAGGAAGAGAAAAUGAAACGGCGGCGUGAGUUUCAUAAUGCCGUCGAACGCCGUCGGCGUGACUUGAUUAAGGAGAAAAUUAAAGAGUUGGGAGUAUUGGUGCCGCCGCUGAUGCUCUCGCCGCAAUUGUGUGCGAUGCAAGUGCUCUCGCAACUGACAAACCCCGAGAUCACCGAGAUGGUGCUGCAAGCGAAAGUUAAGGAAACUAAGCCAAAUAAGGCGACGAUAUUGAACAAGCUGGUCGAAUACAUCAACCACUUGAAGUACGUGUUGGAACAGCAGGAGCGCGAGCGGGCCCGGCUCCAGCAACAGAUCGACGCCCUCCUGCAAGGGCAGGACUAUACCCAGUUCAACCCCGACGAGUUCUUUUCCGACAUGGUGCUGAGCCAGUUUUCUGAUACUACUGGCGAUAUCGAACGGUUUUUUUAA